AAACUAACAACUCCACCUUGACUCUCAGUUCCCUACCCUUCACCUUAGAAAUAAAGGUGGUGGGAAUCAGAGACCUGUAGUUCCUAAAUGAUAAGAGUGCUUUAGAAUUGCCUGGAGGGUGUGUCCCAACUCCAAGGCUGGGCUCCACCCCACCAUCCCCCAGUUAAGGGUGCUGUGGACUGCGGAUCUGGAGGGGUACAGAGAAUUUCUGCUGCUUUUCGGAUAAGCAUGUGGCCCUUCCUGGUGAGAUUUGAAUGUAUCCUGUUCCUCGCUUCAGCCUUUUCAGUGAUAACUCAUCUCAGCCAAGGCCUGUCACCCAGGAUUAAUCAAAGUCACCUGAUCCCCUCCUACCUGAAAAACCGCAAGUCAGGUCUAAAAGUUGAGGGCUCAAACUUCACACUAGGAGGCUUUCCGUUCCUGAUCAUAGCAGGCACUAUUCACUAUUUCCGGGUGCCCAAGGAGUAUUGGAGAGACCGUUUGCUGAAGAUGAAGGCAGGUGGCUUCAACACCCUCAUCACGGCUUUUAUAACCACAGCUUCAGAGGUGGGACUCUGGGUCAUUCUGUGUCCAGGACCCUACAUUGGUAGUGACUUAGAUCUUGGAGGCUUGCCCAGCUGGUUACUCAAGGAUCCAAAAAUGAAGCUGCGGACAACUUACAAGGGCUUCAUUAAAGCAGUGAAUUUAUAUUUUGAUCAUCUGAUUUCCAGGCUGUUGCCAUUGCAGUAUAACUGGGGAGGCCCCAUCAUUGCUAUGCAAGUUGAGAAUGAAUAUGGUUCAUAUUAUCUGGAUAAAAAGUACAUGCCAUAUGUCAAAAAGGCCCUGGAGAAAAGAAAGGUCGAGGUGCUUCUCAUGACUGCUGAUAGUGGACGAGUGCUGGGAAAAGGCCGUAUAAAAAAUGUGCUGGUCACUCUUCACAUGAAGAAUAUACAUAAAGGAACUUACAAAGAACUUUCUUCAAUUCAGGGUCAUAGUCCUAUAAUGAUGAUGGUAUACACAGUGAACUCUUUUGACUCAUGGGGUGUUGCCCGCCACAUUCCAGACGGACAUAUGCUUCUUAAGGAUGUACGUGAAAUGCUCAAACUUAGGUUCUCCCUCAACUUCUACAUGUUCCAUGGUGGCACCAACUUUGGUUUCAUGGGUGGAGCUCAACAUUUGAAUGGUUAUUACCCUGUUGUCACCAGCUAUGAGUAUGGGGCACUGCUGAGAGAGAAUGGAGAUUACACGCCUGAGUAUACCACAUUUCAAGAGGUUUUUCGGUCUGUUAUAGCAGCUCCUAUGCCCCUCCCACUAAAUUACAUACCAAAGAAUGCCUAUAAGUCAGUGACACUAUUAUACUUCAUGACACUGUGGAACCUGCUUCCCUACCUGGACUUGCCAACCAAGUCUGUCAAGCCACUCACCAUGGAACAGCUAUCUGUGAAUGAAGGAAGUGGUCAAUCCUAUGGGUACACGCUUUAUGAGACUGCCAUUUCCAGUGAUGGCAUCCUCACCUCAAAGGGCCAUGUUCAAGAUCGGGGUCAGGUGUUUUUGGAUGACAAGCACGUGGGAAUCCUGGAUCAUUCCAAAGAUGAGCUAACCAUUCAGAUACAUGACCACCAGGAAUACCACAUUCUAAGGAUCUUGGUGGAGAAUCAAGGCCGACUCUCCUCUGGGAAGAGCAUGAACCAGCAGAGAAAAGGUUUAACUGGGGAUAUUUAUCUGAACAAUUCUCCAUUAAGAAAAUUUACAAUAUACAGCCUGGAAAUGAAAAGUGUAUUCAUAAAAAGGAAACUCCCCCAAAUCUGGAAGCCAAUCACAGAGAAAGUUAAGGGCCCUGCCUUCUUCCUUGGUUACCUGAAAAUCAGUGGUGAUCCCAGAGACACCUUUAUACAACUGGAGGGCUGGAAUAAAGGAGUAGUAUUCAUCAAUGGACAAAACCUAGGAUGCUACUGGAGUAUAGGACCCCAGGAAACUCUCUACCUUCCAGGACCCUGGCUCCAUACUGGAACAAAUGAGAUUAUCUUGUUUGAGGAAUUGGAAAGUGGCAUAGAGGUUGGGUUUAAAAUGGAAUCUCAUUUAGGGUAUUGAGUCAUAAGUGGUGUGUAGUAAAUGGACUGAGCUGUCAUGUGAGCAGUGGGGCUGUGAGUAACCCAUCAAUCCUGGCACUUUGAUCACCACAACCACCCUGGCUUCUCGAUUCAGCUCCAGCUGCCUGGAGUCUACCAUCCACUUCCUGAUCUUCCAGCAUACCACACUUCUGGCUUAAGUUAUCCCAUCUGUUUCUCAUGUUUACUACAAAAUAAGUCUACCCAGUGCCACCUUAAAAGCUAUAGUGACCACCAAAUAAAAUGUUGAAAAAAAUGAGAAGAUACUUAGAAUACUUGAUCUCAUAAGUAUAAAUUGAAAGCAACAAGUCAAAUAAAAUACAAAUGCAUGCAGGAAAUGACACGCAAUUCA